CCUCCCACCCCAACCCACCACCCCCUUCCAUCGACUCAGGCGCCACUCAGUCUCAGAUUCCCUCUCUUCCUCUCCAAAGUUCUCCUGUUUCUUCAUUAUUUUUUAUCCAUUAGAUUGCAGUAUUCUUCAAAUUUUCUUUCUCAAUUUUAAUAAUUGAAGCUCCAAAAGCGCCUAAUUAACUUCCACUGUCGCUUCGCCGAUGCGUCAGUUUGAAAUUCUAAGUUCAAUAUCUAACAACUAAUUUAAGUUUUAAUAAUCUACGCCGGAAUCGUAACAGAUAUCGGCAUUUUGAUUUGUACAUCAUUAUUUUAUUUUUUUUGUGAGUGUUUACAGUCAUCCGGCGAACUCUUAGGAGACGGUGUUAUGGAGUUGAUGGUAUCUAAAUCCCUGGCUUUUCCAGGGCAGCCACAGUUCUCUCCAUUUUUUACUCUGGGUGAUUUUUGUUGAUGUGCAUUUUAAGGCAAGGCUUCUACGAUGCCAAGAAUCCGGAAGCGCCCGAGGGUUACUUCUCCUGUGGAUCGAUUCGACAGUUUACCGGAGUUGGCCAUUGUCGACAUCCUUUCCCGUCUCCCAACAAAAGAUGCUGUUAAAACUAGUGUGCUAUCCAAACGGUGGAAAUGCUUCUGGACUAAUGUCCCCACCUUUGAUUUUGAGUUGCAGGGCCAAGAAGAGGAAGGUAACAAGAAGAUGGCUUUUGUGCAUUUUAUUAAUAAUGUGUUUCUUCACAAUGUUAGUAAGAACUUGGAAAGGUUUCGACUUUCAUGGUGUCCUAAUGAAUCUGAAGUAGCUUAUGUUAACAUGUGGGUUCGUCAUGCCAUAAUUCAUCGAAAUGUUAGGAAUCUUUAUCUUCAUAUCAGAACUGGUUUUGUUUGUGACAUACCCGCCGAGCUAUUCACUGCUGGUACACUGGAAUCGCUCUAUUUAUGUGGCCCGUUUGUUCUUAAGGUCUCGGACAGAGAAGUUUGUCUUCCCAAAAUCAAAUACAUGAUUCUUUAUAGAGUCAAAUAUGAAUCGAGUGAGUGUUUGAACAAACUUGUCUCCGGUUGUCCCGUGCUUGUUUCUCUUACUUUUGGGUGCUGUGCCGAGGACAACAUCGCUGUUUUUAAGAUCUCUUCUCUUUCAUUGAGAAAUCUUUGUGUCCUUUGCUUCAAUUGCUGGCCUGCUCUGCAAUUAAAUGCGCCUGCUCUUCAAUUCCUUUUUAAAUCGACAAAUCCUAAUAAUAUAGUGAGUCUUUAUUCUUUUGGUGAUGCUGUCAAGGGCCCCAACGAUCAGUUUUAUAUUUCGAUAGCCAGGGUGGUUCAAAUGCAGCACCAAGCAAAGUUUCUGACGUUAAAGGGCAAAGUGGCGGAUUCUCUUCACUUUGCAAAUGCCGGCCUAGUCAAAUCGGCCCGUCAAUUUGACAGAUUAACGGUGUUGGGUAUCCAACUUCACUGUUGCAAAUGGAGUUGCCUGAAUGUCAUGCUUGAACAGUCAACCAUGUUACAAGUGCUUGUCGUUUCAAUGGAGGGUGAGUGUGAUGCAGACACUCACAAGUUAAGUUGGAGGGAUCCCAGCCAAGUUCCUAAGUGCUUGUCUUCCAGUCUCGAGAAAUUCUCAUUCAAGGGAUUGGUAGGCCGAGAAGAUGAAGUCGCGAUGAUCAGGUAUAUCCUAAAGCACGGCGUAGUCCUGAAAAUUGUUGAUUUAGUCUCCAGGCCUCCUGCUACGUCGACUAAUGAUUUGGAGUUCAAGUUUCACAUGCUUCGGGAGUUAUCAAUGUUCCACAGAGGUUCUGAUAACUGUGAGUUGAGAUUUCGCUGA